CACAAGGGACCAACUUCUAGGAAUCAGCUGCAUGGAAUCAACAUCUCUUACAUGUACGACAACGGCGAUCACUAUGUCGGAGACUUUCACUUCGGUAAGAAGCAUGGGACUGGGCGAUACACGCGCAAGGAUGGCUCUGUUUACGAGGGCGAAUAUCAGAAUGACCAGAAGCACGGCAAUGGAAAGCUCAUAUACAAGAGUGGGGAUACGUUUGUUGGGACGGUAAACCCGCUGGGUGGUCUGCAGCCUGCUGAUUAUUUUGCAGUGGAAAGAAGGUGUUCAAUGUGGAUUUGGUGUUUGAAAUGCGCGGAUGGAAGAGUAUAUGAGGGUGAAUGGAAGGAUGGCAAACAGCACGGCAAAGGAACGUUCAAAUCUGCAGAUGGCGGUGGUGUCUAUCAGGGAGAGUGGAUGAAUGGCGUGAAGCAUGGACGCGGAAAGUCGUCGAGCAGUGAUGGGCACGUGUAUGAUGGCGAAUGGAGGAACAACAAGAAAGAGGGGCGUGGAAAGCAUGUCAGGCCCGAUGGCAGUUCUUAUGAUGGCGAAUGGAAGAACGACAAGAAGCAUGGGAAGGGCACCUACAAGUACACGAAUGGAGAUUAUUACGAAGGAGAGACCAAGAAUGGGUUGAAACACGGUUACGGCAUCUUCAAAGCUUCAAACGGUGCACGUUACGAAGGAGAGUGGGUAGAAGGCAAGAAACACGGACAAGGAACGUACACGUCCAACCAAGGCAAAGUCUACAAAGGAAAGUGGAAAGACGACAGGCCUUGUGAUGCGCCCGACACGGCCUCCGGCUCCAACGACAAGCAGGAGAAGGAGAAGGCUGAGGGCAACAAGAACUACUUCGGUUUCUUCCAGGCUCGAGGAAAUGCUCCACAGCAAGCAAAGCAGCAAGCGCAUGGACCUGAAGACGAGCAAGCUCGUGCGAAAAGAGAGCAGGAGGAAGCAGCAGAGAAGCGUGCUGCUGAACGGGCUCGCCAGCGCAUGGAAGAGGAGGAGGCGAUGCGAGCAGCCAACUUGAGCGGCCCCGUGAUGAAGGAUCUGGAGCCUCAGCUAGACAAGAUCAAAGCUGCUUCUAAGAAGUCGGCACAAGCUCUCCUGCAGCAUGUCUUCAAGUAUCAUCCCCCACGGAACAAUCCCAACGAGAUCCCGAGUGACUUCUCGGACGCCAUGAUGAGGAAGACUCUACUCAAGACCAUCAGGAUUUACCACCAAGACAAAAACUCCAUCGAGCUCUACGGGCUGGAAUGGCAUCUCUUGUGCCGUGAGAUCACGAAGCAGCUCAACUCAAAGUUCGAGUUGUACAAGCAGUGAGCGACGAUCUCACGUC